CUUACAGCUGUGCUGAAGAACUGGAGGAAAACAACCAUAAUGCAGCUUACCUUUCACCUUAAAAGGUGAAUGCAACUUGACAAAGAGAUGGCUGACAAAGGUGGAAAAAUUAUUUCAGGGCAAUUGUACAUUGAAGUUGAAUACGACUAUGAGUAUGAAGCAAAGAACAAAAGGAUUGUGAUAAAACAAGGGGAGAGAUACAUCUUGCUGAAAAAGACAAAUGAUGACUGGUGGCAAGUCAAAAAGGAUGAGAAUUCCAAGCCUUUUUAUGUACCAGCACAGUAUGUGAAGGAAGUAACUCGCAAAGCACUAAUGCCACCUGUUAAACAGUUGGGUGGAGUGCCAAACAGCUCGCUCAAACUUAUGCAUGGCUUACAGAGGUCUACAGAAAAUGUGAAUAAAUCUCCAGAGCUUUCUAGUUUUGGAAAAUCAUCUCCAGUUCAAGUGUCUGGUCUAGUUCGGGAUGCCAAUCAGAAUCUGGGACCAAACAGUAGCCCAGGUCAGACUUUUGGACUGAGCUUGGACCUUGCACAAAAUAACGGAAAACUUAAUGAAUUACUGUUUCCUAAGGUUUCUACUCAGAACAGAACUUUCUCUGUGUCCUAUUUUCCUUAUUCUGAGUGUAUGGAAAUAGAAAAGACCAGCUUUUUGCAAGAUCAGGCCUGUGAUUCAGCAGGAGAAGGUUCAGAAAAAAUCCACCAGGAUUCAGAAUCUGGAGAUGAACUCAGCAGCAGUUCCACAGAACAAGUGCAGCCAACAACUCCGCCAAGCCAAGGAAGGCCAGAUUCACCAGUUUAUGCUAACUUGCAAGAACUAAAAAUAUCUCAGUCUGCACUCCCUCCUUUACCUACAACCCCUCCAAUUCAAAUUAAUGGAGAGUGGGAAACCCACAAGGAUAAUACAGGACGCUGUUACUAUUACAACAAAGGAACACAAGAAAGAACCUGGAAACCACCACGCUGGACUCGGGAUCCAAGCAUAAGUCGAGGAGACUCUCUGAACCAGAUUGAUCAAGAGACUCUGUCAUCACAAGAAAACUACCACAGUUCUUGUAACAGCCAGUCAGAUAGUCAGUAUGGUUCUCCUCCCAAAGGGUGGUCAGAAGAGUUGGAUGAACAUGGCCAAACGCUAUAUACCAGUGACUAUACUAAGGAAAAGUGGAUAAAACAUGUAGAUGAACAGGGUCGACCAUAUUAUUAUAAUGCAGAUGGAUCACGAUCGGAAUGGGCACUGCCAAAAUAUAGUGCAUCACCACAACAGCAGAGAGAGAUCAUUAAAAGCAGGAGCCUGGACCGACGGCUACAGGAACCAAUUGUCUUAACCAAGUGGAGGCACAGCACAAUUGUGUUAGAUACCAAUGACAAGUUGCCUACUAAUUCUUCUGAACAGCUCUUGCCUAAUCCUGCAUAUUUGUUUCCAACACAUCAGGACCAAGAUUCUUCAUCUCCAGUUGCUUCAAAGGCCACUUUUCCUGACAGUGAGUCAUCCUCUCCUUCCUCACCAAAGCAUCAUGCCACAGUCAGUAUAAACUUUGUAAUAUGUCUAAUAUAACAAGUUCAUCAGAUUUAGACAGAUAUAUUAUUUUUUAUGUAUGUUAAGGAUGUGA